AGGAGAGAGAGAUCAUGGCGAACGAAGAAGAAGAUGGAGAAAAAUCUCGAGACUCGUACCAACGGAACGGCAAUAGGGCCAAAAGCCAGAUCGUGAUCGGUAUUCCGACGUACGAGGAAGUCUUGGAAAGCUCGCAGGUGAAAUCUACGCCGUCUCUCUUCAAGCCCUCGCAGAGUUUCUCUCAGGCCUUCGCUUUCGUCAAAUCCUCCGACGUCUACUCUCCUCCUCCGCCUCCCUCCGCCGAAAAUCCUCCGGGUGCUCAUCAGGUGUCCGGAUCAAGCAACCAAACGCUUCAAUCUGAUGUGGCCUCGUCCUCGUCUUCUUCUGUUAAUGCUGCCCCUUUACCAUCCAAUUCUUCUCAAACUCGUAAUGCUAUACUUGUAAGCAAUAGACAGAAAGGGAAUCCACUUCUCAAACAUAUCAGGAAUGUGAGAUGGGUGUUUUCAGAUAUCAUUCCCGACUACUUGAUAGGACAAAACUCAUGUGCUUUAUACCUGAGCCUGCGGUAUCAUCUACUGCACCCAGAUUACCUAUAUUACCGCAUUAGGGAACUACAAAAGAACUUCAAGCUGCGUGUUGUUCUUUGCCACAUUGAUGUUGAGGAUGUGGUGAAACCGUUGCUAGAGGUGACAAAAACCGCUGAAACAAUUUCUUACAUCAUAUGGACCGUCAUCAUUAUCUCUUUACCACACAUUUUCGUGUUAAUCUCUUGCAGCAUGGCAGAAUGUGCCCGUUACUUGGAAACGAUAAAAGUCUAUGAACACAAACCAGCUGAUCUUAUCCAAGGUCAAAUGGACACAGAUUAUCUAUCGCGGCUCAAUCAGGCUCUUACAACCAUUCGGCAUGUGAACAAGACUGAUGUAGUCACCCUUGGUUCUACAUUCGGGUCACUUGCUCAUAUAAUAGAUGCAUCCAUGGAAGACUUAGCUCGUUGUCCUGGGAUUGGAGAACGUAAGGUGAGACGCUUGUACGAUACUUUCCAUGAACCUUUUAAGCGUGCAAUUCCCAUUCAACCUCCUAUUCCAGAAGCUACAAAUCCCGAAAUUGCCGCUGAUAAAGACGAUGACUUGCAAGGAACUGCCGAAGACGAGGAUUUCGUUGAAGAUUCUAGAAAACGGAAGAAGAAAGAGCCUGAGAAGACUGUCAAGUCCGCGCUCUCGACUGUUUUCGCCAGAUAUUCCGAUAAACUCGGCAAAAAGAACGAGAAACAGAAAGGAAAAGAUACAAAUACGCAAUCGGACCCUGAAGCUGAUAAAAGUUAACCCGAUGUUGUUCAAAGGGAUAGUCGAUGAAUUUAAUCGUUGAUCACAUUUCUGUUUUUCCAGUUGAUCGGUCUCAGAACACAUGCAAAUGGAGACCAGAGAAUGGCAUGAAACAUGGAAGUCCAAAGCAUUUGCUCUGUAACAUAGUAGUUCAUUGUGUGUGUU